UCGUGGUGUAAAGCUGAAAGUUUGCCGUGCUCCAGAAAAGCAUCUGACGGACAAGUGAGCAAAGAUAAGACCGACCGUUGGUCCAGCUGCGCCAUGAGGGUGGUCCUUCUGCUCUGUCUGCUGACGCUGGUCAGCAGCAAAUACUACCAGCAUGUCGACGUCAUGGACAUCAUGAAAAACUACGACAUCAUGAUGGCAGAUUCCGAUGACGACGAUGAUGAUGGCAACAAUUAUGACGAUCGCUACGACAGCUGUCCCUUGGGCUGCCAUUGCUCGCCUCGGGUGGUACAGUGCUCCGAUCAAGGUCUGAUCAGCGUUCCGGAAAAGAUUCCCGCCGACAUCUUGAUGAUCGACCUUCAAAACAACGACAUAACUGAGAUAAAGGAGGAUGACUUUAAAGGCCAGGAAAAACUUUAUGGCUUGUUCCUGAUCAACAACCGCAUCUCCAAGAUCCAUCCGCGGGCCUUUAAGAACAUGAACAAGCUGCGCCUGCUCUACCUUUCUUACAACCUGCUAACAGAGAUUCCAGCCAAUCUGCCUCCCAACGUCAUCGAGCUGCGUUUCCAUGAAAACAAAAUUAACAGAAUCCAGAGUGACGCGUUCAAAGGCCUGAGGAAGCUGCACGUGCUCGAGUUGGGUGCUAACCCGCUAGCCAACAGCGGCAUGGAGUUGGGUGCCUUCAACGGGCUGAGCACACUCUACGUGGGAAUGUCGGAAAGCAGGCUGACGGCUGUGCCCAAAGAUUUGCCCUCCUCCAUCACAGAGCUCAACCUGGAGUACAACAAGAUCUUUAAGGUCGAAGUGGAGGACUUCAUCAGAUAUAAAAAUCUUCAGAGACUGAGCCUGAGCUUCAACCAAAUCCGCUUCGUGGAGAACGGCAGUCUGGCCAAGAUCCCCAACAUCCGCGAGAUCCACCUGGACAACAACAGUCUAAAAAAGGUCCCGUCCGGACUCAGCUCCCUGCGUUACCUUCAGGUGAUUUUCCUCCACGCCAACAAAAUCACCAGCGUAGGCGUCAACGACUUCUGCCCGCUCCGAUUCGGCGAGAAAAAGAACUUGUACAACGGCAUCAGCCUAUUCGCCAACCCUGUCAAGUACUGGGACAUCCACCCCGCCACUUUCCGAUGUGUGGGCGGAAGACGGGGCGUUCAGCUCGGGAACUUCCGCAAGUGAGACAGACAUUCGUUGGACGGGAGGGACCCCAAAAUGAUUGUAAUUUAGAGAAAGUCUCCAAAUCAGAGAAAGGAAAAUUGAACACGAUGACUUUAAGUGACCAAAAUGAUUCUGCUAACAUGUACUAUCACCAUAUAGCACAACAAAAAUGACCACUACGAGCACUAAAAGUGUUCCAAAACAAACCCAAAAGGAAUACGACAACACCCUUUGCAUUGUUUGCUUUGAAAAAUUAACC